AUGGAAAACAGUACAGUUUCCUUUUACUUUAACCUUACCAUGUUUGUGAACAUUGGACACUAUCGUUAUCCAGUCUUUGUUGUUUGCCUCCUGCUCUACAGCUUUGUUGUGUCUGCUAAUCUUGUCAUAAUAGUGGUGAUAUCUCGAGAGAAAACACUACAUGAGCCCAUGUAUGUUUUCAUUGCAUGUUUAUCUGUCAACUCUCUGUAUGGCUCCACUGGUUUCUUCCCCAGAUUCCUCAUGGACCUUCUGUCUGACACUCACACGAUCUCACAUUUUGCUUGUUUCAUUCAGAUUUAUGUUAUUUACACAUAUGCUUCCUAUGAACUGACCAUUCUUGGCAUUAUGGCAUAUGAUAGAUAUGUUGCUGUUUGUCAUCCUUUACAUUAUCACAGAAAGAUGACGUCUAAAACAGUUUUUAAGUUGGCAGCAUUGGCUUGUAUUUUUCCAGCCUUUGGUAUUGCAGGAUGCAUUUGUUUGUCUGCCAGGCUUCCCCUAUGUGGUAAUGAGGUACAGAAAGUGUUUUGUGCCAACUGGAAUAUUGUAAAAUUAUCAUGUGUUACCACUGUUGUCAACAACGUCGUCGGUAUGCUUUUGACUAUAACUACAGUCUUCCUUCCCCUUUUUUAUGUCCUGUACACCUACUCACGAAUUGUGUUUGUUUGCUGGAAAAGCUCAGCAGAGUUCAAAGGCAAAGUAUUACAGAGCUGUCUGCCACAUGUUGUUUCGUUUGUGAUCUAUUCUAUCACAGCAUUUUGUGAUAUUACCUUGAGCCGGUAUAAUCUUGAAGAGAUAAAUCCAUUUGUGGCUGUUAUUCUGUCGCUGGAGUUUGUUAUCAUCCCUCCAGUUCUGAAUCCUCUCGUGUAUGGCCUUAAAUUACCAGAAAUUAGAAGACAGAUUCAAAGGAUGAUGUCAUGGAGUAAAAUCUCUUAA